AUGGAAAUGGAACUGAGAAAGUACGAGAAGUACAAGCAUAAGCUCAAAUUUAUGCUCGCGUGCUCGGGAUUGUGGAUUGAUCAUGAGACACAGCCACGGCUUGUUGGCAUUGCACUGAGUUUGUGUUCGGGGAUCUUCAAUUUCGCUAUAUCCUAUGGGGUCUUUGGUUUUUGCGUCAAGUACGUGGCGAAUAUCAGUUUGCUCACGCGGGGGAUCGGGCUUUUCGUUAGCUUUUUCUCGUCCUUUCUGAAGGUAUGUCUCAUAAGGUUUCACCAGGACGACCUACGCGCUUUAAACUCUGGCGUCUCACAGUUAUUCAAUACAGACCUCGCAACUUCAGAGGAUCGCUCACAGCUGUUAGCCCAUUUACGUAUUUUCACCAAGUUUUUCUACACGUUUGAUUACUCGGUCGCGCUCAACGUUCUAUUGUACAUGCUCAUUCCUUUGUCAUUCCUUCGCCGUGGGAAAUACAUUCGGAUGUAUCCACAAGUGCUACCAUUCAGCUACGUGCCUGGGGGCAUUGUUCACUGGUGCAUUUAUGGCUUCGAGAUCGUCGCGGGCUUCUUCCUCUGGAGCGUCACCUGUGGUGUCGACUCCCUCUUCGGCUACUAUACGCUUCAAUUGGUUGGCGAACUGAGGCUACUCACUUCGCGCUUUCGAGCCCUCAAGUCGAGUGACAGUUACAAGGAAAGUAUGAAAGACUGCGUAAGAAGACACGUUCAGUUGACCAAAUCUCAUCAUUUUCUGGAGCGAGUUUUCGGUUUCCUUGCUAUUUGGCUAGCUCUAACUUGCGCUAUGGUCCUUUGCGCCCUCAUCUUUCAAGCUUCGCAGAUGAAGCAUUUGACCGCAUUGAAAGUAUGUUACUUGGUGUGCUAUUCGUUCUUGAAGUUAGUGCAAGCUUAUUCUUACGCGUGGUUUGGAAACAUUAUCAAUGUCGAAAGCGAGGCAUGUUUGGAAGCGAUGUAUGAUGCUUAUUGGCCAGGCUCCGGUGAUACUCAUUUCAUGAACGAUGUCCUCAUCGUUUUGUCACAGAAACCCUUAGUGUUUACAGCGAAAAGUGUGAUGGUGUUAGGUCUCGACAUGUUUGCGAAGAUUGUAAAUACAACGGUCUCUUACUUUUUCCUCCUGCAGACUUUGGACGAAACUUUCAAUUAAAUCCUUAUAUUACUCAUGUUUCUAGAAUAAAGAUUAUUUUUAGCCAGAA